UUUCGACUUACGUAACUAGUUCCCGGGUUUAUGAGUACUGGUAUGUAUAGCAACCAAUUAAGAAUAGCAAACAUUGCAGCCACCUCGAUUUCCGAAAUUUACAAAUACUCGACGGACUUAAAGAUGUAUGAACAGGCUAUAUCUAUAUUAAAUAACUACAAUUCUAAGGAUCUUGAGAUGUGGGUGGAAAGAAAGUUAAGCUCCAUUUGGUCAAAUGAAUCAGUAAGAAAAAAAUAUGGGAAGAAGAAAUUUCCAGGAAAUAUCUAUCCCGAUCUCGAAAAACGAAUGAAAUUUGAAAACAUUGAUGAUUUUGAUAAACUAUUUUAUUUGGUAAAUGAAAAUGAAGGUACAGAAGAAUAAGUUUUAUCAGGAAAAAUUAUAUAUACAGAACUUUAUAAUGCAGAUCCGUUAAUCGGCUGUAGGUAAUAGUCCUAAAAUAAAUAGAAAAGUUACAAAAAGUCAA